AUGGUGGCUUGUUCGGAACCGAGCGCUCAGGGCGCAGAUCAGGCCGCCCGGGCCUCCAGUUUCGGGCGCCGGCGGGCGCGCGUCCAGGCAGGCGUGCCGGGGAGCGCGCACCGGCGGGCGGGCGGGGCUGCCCGGGGCGGAGCGCGGGGCGGAGCGCGGCCAGGCUGCUCGGCGCAUCUAGCUCCCGGCCCGGCGCUUCACGCCCCUAGCGCUCGCCGGCUCAUAGGGCUCACUGCGGCCGCCCGCUCCCGCCAUGCGGGAUACGAGCCACUGACCCGCGCCUGCGACCCCGAGAGCCCGGCGUGCCCCGAGAAGACCCAGAGGAGCGAUGAGCUGCCUAGCCGGGACGGUCGCAGCGCUGCUGCUCGCGUUGCUGGCAGAGGCGUCAACUCUGCUUUUCUCCUUAAGUCUUUGUUUUUGCCUUACCUGGCUGACAAGGGCACAGAAGCCAAAAAACAUUGCUGGUAUUUUGAAGGACUUUAUCCAACAUAUUAUACAUGCCACUCCUACGAGGAUUGCUGCGGCUCCAGGUGCUGCGUGCGUGCGCUCUCCAUCCAGAGGCUCUGGUAUUUCUGGUUCCUCUUGAUGAUGGGUGUGCUCUUCUGCUGUGGCGCUGGCUUCUUCAUCCGGAGGCGGAUGUACCCCCCACCACUGAUAGAGGAGCCUGCAUUCAAUGUGUCCUACACAAGGCAGCCCCCCAACCCUGCUGCAGGAGCCCAGCAGCCCGGGCCGCCGUAUUAUACUGAUCCGGGAGGACCGGCCAUGAAUCUCGUCGGGAAUCCCAUGGCGACAGCUUUCCAGAUCCAACCCAACUCACCCCAGGGAAGCACAGCCUACCCCCCACCCCCGUCCUACUGCAACACGCCCCCGCCCCCCUAUGAACAGGUGGUGAAGGCCAAGUAA